CGAUUAGGUGAAGCAACUUAUCAGCCUACAGAGCAGGAUAUACUACGUACUCGUGUAAAGACUACUGGUAUUGUCGAAGUUCAUUUCACCUUCAAAAACCUCAACUUCAAAUUAUUCGAUGUGGGUGGUCAACGGUCAGAACGAAAGAAAUGGAUUCAUUGUUUCGAAGAUGUCACAGCUAUCAUAUUCUGUGUUGCCAUGUCCGAAUAUGACCAAGUAUUGCACGAGGAUGAAACUACGGUCCUUGUUCCAAGCGAAGCUUAUAUUGCGAAUAUGCAUCUGUUAGAGAUGUUUUUUUUUCGUUGGAGAGCUGGGGAGGAAUCGCAGCGAAAUUGUGCCAAUCUUUAUUCUCAUCUCGCUAUCCCUGAGUUCAGUCAUUGUAAAUAUCUUAAUGGGUAUACAGAAAGCAGUUGUAGUGUUGGUGCGAAAGGUUUUAGAAGAACUUUACGACAAAGUAAUAAGCAAUAAAU